AUGAUUGACCCAUUCAAGAAAGCUCAAGGAGGAUACACUCACAUGCUGGUUGCCAUUGACAAAUUCACGAAGUGGAUCGAGUACAAGCCAAUUGCUUUCUUGACCUCCGCCAAAGCUGUGGAGUUCAUCCAGGAGAUCAUAUUCCGCAUCGAGAUUCCUAAUAGUAUCAUCACAGACCUGGGUUCCAAUUUCACUGGCGAUGAGUUCUUUACCUUCUGCGAGAAAUGGUCCAUCCUUGUCAAGUAUGUCUCAGUGGCACACCCAAGAGCUAACGGUCAGGUCAAGCAGGCUAAUGGCAUGAUUCUUGAUGCCCUAAAGAAGAAGAUCUUCGCCAAGAAUGAGAAGCUCGCCGGCAAGUGGAUCAGGGAACUUCCAUACAUAGUCUGGAGCCUCAGAACUCAGCCCAGCAGGGCAUUCAACGGGAACACUCCAUUCUUCAUGGUCUAUGGCUUAGAGGCUAUGCUACCAUCCGACUUAGCUUUUGGAGCUCCCAGACUCAUGUUCAACGAUAUAGCCAGAGCAGAAGCAACUUGGCUGCAACAGAUCGAUUUACUCGCAUAA